AUGAAUCGUAAUAUACCAUGGAAAGAAGUCCCACCAAAACAUAAGAAGCUCUCUAUCUUGCUAACCUCUCGCGUGCCGGAAGCAUCUCAGACCGAGAUAAGAGAUAAUAACACCCACCGCCGAUUUUCCAACUGCGAACUCUUAUGCAUCCAUGCCAUCACCACCUUCGUCGCUCGCACUAAGACCCCCCUAGGAACUAUCGUUCCACUUGCCACCGUUGUCACUCCCAUUGUCGCCGUUGCUACUUCCACUGUCACUGUUGCCGCCGCGAUGAUCACUGCUCUCGUUCCCACUGUUUUCGCUAUCGCUUCUACUGUCAUCGCCGUCCCACCCCACUGGGAGGUUCCUGCCCACAAGACAUAG